GACGACUUGUUUACUUUACUUUCGAAUGACCUUGAAAAAUGCUCGACCUAAGCAUAAAUAUAAAAAAGAAAAAAGAGGAUUAUGCUUUUGAGAUAAAAUGUACUUCAAUUUAAAUUAACGAAAAAACAUCUAGAAUAGACUGGAAUAGACCUAAAAUUUAGUUUUAGAGGUUUUAAAUCAAUUAUCAAAUCUGUAGACAGUAAUUGCGCAUAUGUUUCAAAAAAGAGAAAAUUUCUAGGAAAGUUUUAUGUUCAAUUACUAGAUAAGACAGCGAAUUCAAGCGAACUAGCGAAGAAUUGGAAGUGGUUGCUAGGUAACCUGCUUGCUGAUUGAAUAUUGGGUCGGUCAUUGGACUACUAUCUUCAGGCAAUACAGAAAGAAAACAUGUUGAGGGUUUGGUUGGGCAAAGCAAUAAUUCAGCACACUGAGUGAAUAGCCAUGCUGCUGUCGCGCCUUCCCAGCCAGCACCGUCUGGUGUCCUCUCUGGGACUCAGACUGCUGAGCACGUCGCCCUCCUGUGGCUCCGAGUCGGACGGCUGGCUCAGCAAGCUGCUCGUCAGGAAGAUCGAGCCUACCAAGGAAUCCCACUCUCGCAUGCUCUCCGACAAGGAGGUCAUCUACGAGCUGCAGACGCACAACGUCCGCUGUGGCGAGAUGGACAAAUACAUCGACAACUACGGCCGCUACCACGGCGAGGUGGCCGAGCGGACGGCCGCCGGCCAGCUGGCCCAGGAGCUGGUCGGCAGCUGGGAGGUCACCGUGGGCGACCAGGACCAGUGCAUCCACCUGUGGAAGUACAACGGCGGCUACAAGGCCGUCGACGACGCGCGUAACGCGCACAUCGACGACAAGAGUCUGGCGGCGCUGGUGAAGGAGCGUGGCACGCUACUGCGCGCGCGCCACUCGCAGUACCUGUUGGCGUUCAGCUUCUGGCCGGCGCCGGCGCCGCGGUCCGGCAAGCACCUGUACGAGAUCCGUAGCUACCUGCUCAAGCCGGGCACCAUGAUCGAGUGGGGCAACAACUGGGCACGCGCCAUCCACUUCCGCCGAGAGGGAGACGAGGCGUUCGCUGGCUUCUUCUCGCAGGUCGGCCGGCUGUACAACGUACAUCACUUGUGGUGCUAUGACUCGAUGGCUCACCGUAAGGAGAUCCGUGAGACGGCGUGGCGCAAGCCGGGCUGGGACGAGUGUGUGGCCUACACGGUGCCUCUCAUCACCAACUUCCAGAGCCGCAUCAUCGUGCCCACGCCGUUCUCGCCUACCCGCUAAUGGGUAUCGGCUGAUCCGUCAGGUUACAACGACCUGCAGCACCGCAAGGAGACCCGAGAGAGCGCCUGGCUGCGGCCCGGCUGGGACGAGUGUGUCGCCCACACCGUCCCCCUCAUCGGUGGCAUGCAGUCGCGAAUCAUGUGGGCCAACCCGUUCUCUCCGACCCAGUAGUGGCCGCGGAGGGGGCUCACGUCAGCCGACACGGGACAGAGAUCUGCGCCGGUGUCCAUUCCGCGCGGGCCGACUGUGCGCGCGCGCCGAGGGCUGUUUUGGAGACGUUUAUUGUGCGAGCGAGGGCCGCCCGGGCCCGGAGGUGAUUCGGUGACCGCAGUAUUGUGGGUUUAUGGUCAGUGCUGUGUGUGUAGAAGUGUAACUGAUACCUGUCAAAGGAAAUAAUAUAAGCGUGCAAUAGUU